GCGGACGCUCCGCCCUGUGGCCGUGGAGUUGCGGGGGAGGGGGCAUGGAAAGCUGCCCUGAGUCUGGGGAAGGGGAGCCAGUGCAGGAGGUGACCGGAGCCAGAGCGGCGGCAGAAGCUGCGGUGGCUGCGCUCUCAGCCACGGCAGCGGAGAAUACAUCCAGCGGAGAAUACAGCCGGGGCCGGGCGGCGCAGCAGAUAAUAAUCGUGUUGGAAAACGAACCCGGCUGGGUAAGCGUUGGGGGUAGCCAGGAGGCUCCGCCAGCCUGCGGUGUGGUGCAGUCCCGCGUGCUCAGGUCUGGCCGCCCCGAGAGGAGCUCUAGGGCUGGGCCGGUCGGCAUCCAGGCCGCUCUCUGCUCCCCUUUGGAAUCCGCCUUGAGGACUGUCCGGCACAUCUGGCGCCCGCCCCUGGGGACAGGCGGACCAGUAGACUGACAAUCAGGCUCUUGCUGGACCUCGGGAUACAGCUACAGCUUAAGGCCCAACUAUGAUGCUUCCUGACUGAUGAUGUUAUAAUAGAGCCCAGAAGCCAGAAGGCUUCAUUUUCAGCUGAACAUACCUGAGUUGUCCCCCAUCAACAUGGAGAGCCGAAAAGAUGAAGCUACUCAGACCAAGGGAGCAGCAGCCUCUGUGGAUACCCAGAACCAAGGGUCGGAGAAAGGAGCCAAGAACAAGGCAGCUGAGACAACAGAAGGGCCAGGGUCAGAGCCAUCCUCAUCUGGCCCAGGUAGGCUGAAGAAAACUGCCAUGAAACUCUUUGGUGGCAAGAAGGGCAUCUGUACCCUGCCUAGUUUCUUUGGAGGGGGACGGAGCAAAGGUUCUGGGAAAAGCAGUUCCAAGAAGGGUAUUAGCAAGAGCAGGACCCAUGAUGGCUUGAGUGAAGCAGCCCAUUGCCAAGAAGACAUUGUCAGUGAAGGAACUGGCCUCUCCUUACCUUUGCCUGAGUCACCCUGCCAACUUCCCAGUUCUCAGAGUGCCCACGGGGCUUUGGAGACAGGUUCCAAAUGCAAGAUGUCUGUGUCUGGAGCCAUAGAGAAAGCUGGGGUUGAGAAGGUUUCCUCUGUGAUCAAGCCAAAGAAAGGCCUGAAAGGUUUUUUCAACAGUAUUCGCCGUCACCGGAAGAAUAAGGUCUCUGGUGCUGAGCAAAGUGAGCCAGGAGCAAAGGGACCUGAGGAGGGCAGAGCCAGGCCUCAUGAGAACGAGAGCUCAGCCCUUCUGUCCCAUGCCGAGGAAACCCUUCAAGACCCAAGAAAGGAAAAUUCCAAACCCCAAGAUGCCCAUGGACCAAAAGUUUAUUCACCAUCAGAGACUUCUCCAGCAGCCACUGAAGAGACAACCUAUAAAAAUCCAGAGCAACCCAUGGGGGUCUGUGCCUCAGCACUCUUGCAGUCCAAACCUUCCCCUGAAGCCAGUGUCCCAGAAGAGCCUCAGAACUCAGCGACAGGGGAGAAAUUGGUGGUAGGAGAUAUAAAUCUACUCAAUGGCCCUGCGGGGGACCAACUGAGCCUCUUCUUUGGAGAUGUCACAUCCCUUAAAAGUUUUGACUCACUGACAGGUUGUGGUGACAUCAUAGCAGAGCAGGACAUGGACAGUAUGACAGACAGUAUGGCCUCUGGAGGCCAGAGGGCCAACCGAGAUGGGACCAAGCGAAGUUCUUGCCUGGUUACCUAUCAAGGGGGUGGGGAGGAGAUGGCCUUGCCAGAUGAUGAUGAUGAAGAAGAAGGGGAGGAGGAAGAGGAGGUUGAAUUAGAGGAGGAGGAAGAAGACAUGAAAGCAGAAGAUGAAGACUUAGAAUAUCUGUGGGCAAGUUCUCAGAUGUACCCAAGACCCAAUAUGAAUCUGGGCUACCAUCCCACCAUUUCACCAGGCUACCAGGGCUACAUGCUGUUUGACCCAGCUCGGUCUUAUCCUUGCCUAGCUCCUGGAGACCUUUUGACUCCUCAGAGUGACCAGCAAGAAUCUGCCCCCAAUAGUGAUGAGGGAUAUUAUGAUUCAACCACACCUGGAUUUGAGGAUGAUUCAGGAGAGGCUCUGGGACUUAACCGCAGGGAUUGCCUGCCCCGAGACAGCUACAGUGGAGAUGCCCUCUAUGAAUUUUAUGAGCCAAAUGAUAGUCUUGAGAACUCCCCACCUGGGGAUGACUGCCUUUAUGACCUCCAUGGUCAUAGCUCGGAGAUAUUUGACCCCUUCUUGAACAUUUCUUCCUCUCGGCCACCUGGGACAAUGGAGACAGAAGAAGAACGAUUAGUAACCAUACAGAAGCAGUUGUUGUAUUGGGAACUUCGGCGGGAGCAGCUCGAAGCCCAAGAGGCCCGGCAGGCACACACCAGGGAAGCCUAUACCCAAGAAACUCAUGCAAGGGCGGCUCAUGCCCGAGAAGCCCACACCCAGGAAGCUCAUGUGAGAGAAGCCCGAGUCAGAGAGUCCUGUGCCAACGAGGCUUGUGCCCGAGAGGCCUGUGCUAGGGAGGCCCAGGCCCGAAAGGCUCAUGGUCGAGAGACCCAAGUCAGACAGCCCCAGGUACGGCAAGAGAAGCCCGUCGUGGAGUAUCAAAUGAGACCCUUAGGCCCAUCAGUGAUGGGCCUGGUGGUAGGGGCAUCAGGGGCUUCUCAGACUUCACACCGAGGAACCACGUCAGCUUUUCCUGCCACUGCAAGCAGUGAGCCGGACUGGAGGGACUUCCGUCCCCUGGAGAAGCGUUUUGAGGGAACCUGCUCCAAGAAGGAUCAAAGUACCUGCCUGAUGCAGCUCUUCCAGAGUGAUGCUAUGUUUGAGCCAGACAUGCAAGAAGCAAAUUUUGGAGGAUCUCCCAGAAGGGCCUACCCUACUUAUUCACCCCCUGAAGAGCCAGAGGAAGAGGAGGUUGAGAAGGAAGGGAAUGCCACCGUGAGUUUCUCACAAGCCCUCGUAGAGUUCACCAGCAAUGGGAACCUCUUUUCUAGCAUGUCCUGUAGCUCUGACUCUGACUCAUCCUUUACUCAAAACCUCCCUGAGCUGCCCCCUAUGGUGACCUUUGACAUUGCUGAUGUAGAACGGGAUGGGGAAGGCAAAUGUGAAGAGAAUCCUGAAUUACACAAUGAUGAGGACCUUGCAGCCUCUUUGGAAGCUUUUGAACUGGGCUACUACCAGAAACAUGCCUUUAACAACUACCGCAGCCGAUUCUAUCAAGGUCUGCCCUGGGGUGUGAGUAGUCUCCCUCGAUACUUGGGACUGCCUGGCAUGCACCCACGACCCACACCUGCUGCCAUGGCCCUCAACAGGAGGAGUCGCUCCCUUGAUACUGCAGAGACCCUGGAGCAGGAACUAUCUAAUUCUCACCUUGCCCAAGGCUACAUGGACCCCGAUGAGUUUCAGGCUCAACAGGAAGAUUCAGAAGAAGAAGAGGAGGAAGAAUGGGGCAGAGACAGUCCCUUGUCCCUCUAUACUGAACCUCCAGGGGCCAGCGACUGGUCUGCAUGGGCUCCUUGUCCUCUCCCAGAAGAUACAGGCCCUGCCUGGAUAAGUAACAGCCAGUUGGAUGGGCCUUCUAGCCAGUCUCCAUAUAGGCAGCAGGCAGCCUGUUGCAUACCUCCUGUGGCUAUGUCAGUAAUGCUGUCAGUAUCAGGGCGAGAGUCAAGGGAAGCCGGGGAAUCUGGGCCUCAACUAGCUCGGCCUUCGCACCUACCCCUUCCCAUGGGCCCUUGUUAUAAGCUCCAACCACAGGACUCCCAGAGUGUAAGGGCCAGGCCUCGAGAUAAGCUGCUGCCUGCUGAUGAGCCCAGUUACUCCUCCAGUUCUGGAGGCUUCAGUCCCAGCCCUCUGCCCCAAGUCAAGCCUGUGGGCAUUACCCAUGGCAUCCCUCAGCUGCCCAGGAUCCAGCCUGAGCCUCUGCAGCCUCAGCCCAUUCAGUAUGGGGCUUCCAGCCUUGAUCGGUCAAAGGAGAAGGCCGAGCACUGUGCCUCUCCACCAGAAUGGAAACCUAGCUGAGCAGUCAUUAUCAAUUCUGGAGUGGUCGCAUGGGGCCUGAGCAUGGGAUGGGGAUCAGUUAUUGGGCAGAGGGGUUUGGGGAUGGGGGUGCUGUUUAACUUGAAAAUCCUUUUGGUCAAGGAAAGCUCCUAUGAGUUUUCACCUUCGUUUUCCCACUUCCCUCUUUUGCCAUCUGUGGCCACAUUCAGCUCAAGUAUAUCUGCCCCAGGAGGCUGCUGCUGCUGUGCUCCAGUUUUUGCUUUCAGGGUUUCUUCUUGUGACCCAUGUAAGGUUUGGGAUGCUAUAAUUUUGUGCCUAUUCCAAUUGCCAAGUUAGUGAGUAUAUAUAUAGCAUGCAUCCUUGACAGGCUGAACCCUUAGCACCCCCUGCCAGCUUUACUGUCCAGUGAAUGAUGAACAGCCAGGUCUGCACUGCCUUCUAUGUGGGGACAGGGGGCUUGUUUGCUGUUAGCAAUGUGAAAUUAUGGUACAGACCCUCCCCAUCCUCACUCCAUCCUGUCUUGGCAUAGCUGCCACCAUUACAUCAAAUGACUAUAUUUGUCCCAGCUAGCUGUCCUUAGAAAGGAUCAUGUGGCAUAUAUUUCAUUGCCUACUGCUGUGGACUUUGGCAUCAUAACCAGAUGGGGGCCUUUAAACCUGGCCUGCCAUAGCUUGUGUUGAAGAAAAAAAUGAUCCCCUUAAUGGAGUGAUCAAAUUAAUCCAGUUACAAACAGGAGACAAAAUAGGGUUCUAUUAUAGACACUGCUGUAAGUAUUGAGCUCUGGAAUGAUAGGAUUUUUUUUUUUUUCCUCUCUUAAGCUUGUGACUUCCAGAGUUUCAGGUGCUUUUAAAUUUUGGUUCUUUUUUUCCUCCAAAGGAAAUAUUCAUAAUUUUAUCACAAAGAAUACAUUCAUUUAAUUGAGAUAUUAGAAGAGAAGCAGCCUAAAUUAGGCUUGACUAUAAGGAGUUAGGGUUUUUGCAGGUUCCAAGGGAAGGGUAGGAAAUGAAGGUUCAUUUGUCCCAGCCAGCAGGAAAGAUUUCAGAUUUUGCAGAGCUUGAGGCAACCCAUCUUCUUAGAAGGGAAAAUUGCUUCCCCCCCAAAAACACAAAAAGUUCCUUAUGCCUUUCCCACCCAUUCAUUUAUAUGCUGUGAAGAGGCUCCAGACUAGCACUUCCAAGAGAGGAUAACAAAGGCAUCUAGGCUGUUGUUCUGGACUCAAGAGUUUUCAUUUUCCAAUUAUCUAAGUCCUUAGCAUCAUAAAAGGACCAGGCUUCUUGAGAGGAAAGUCUUUGAUCUGCCCACUGCCAAGCUUCAGGAUGCUCAUUUACAUGGCAGUUCAAGCCCUUUAUAGAAUGAAUGGCACCCUCUUUUCUGUUAAAUUAGCUUGGAAAUACUGAUGGGGAAAAGUCGCUGUCAGGAAGACAUUACAGCAGGCUGAUCUUACCAAGCUCAGCCUCUCAAUCACCAAUCUGAGAGGGUUCCUUUUAAAUUUAUUUAUUGGAAAUAGUAUAUGGAACAUUUUUUUUGUCUAGAUGUGUAGACCCACCCAAAUUAUGACCCUUGCUCCUCCCAUGGCCACACCUGUUCUUACACUUAUCCCCACCAUUUCCUUGCCUGUUAUGAAGAGGUCAACAGGGCUCCUGAGAUUCCUGAAAUGGCAAUUUGGCUUGGAAAUAGAUGCCAUUGCCUUCUCCUCUCCAGUCACAAAGGUUACUUUGUACACAAAUUGCUCCUUUGUCAGGAGAUAUAUUUGUACUGGUCUUUGUCAUCAUUUCUCUGAUUGGGGUUGGCCCAGUGCCCCUCCCCCCAAAUCAGGUUUGGCUGGUAGUAGCUGUAACCCUGGAAGCAUCACAAAAGUUUGCGUGCCACUAAUACUACCACUCAAGGGACCCAGACCAGCUCUCUAGGCCGACUUUGCAUCAUGAAGAAAUGAAUCAGUUAUGGAGCUGGAGAGUGAAAUAGGGUGAGGAAGGCCCUCCUUACACCAAGCACAGCAUUCCAGCAGAGAAGUGCCCAAAUUCCAACCUGUCCACCAAAGUUGCCCUAGGAAUACGGGGCUGAAAUUUGCCUGACUGUUUGGCAAGAAGUAAACACUCACCAAAUGCCUUUACAAUAGGGAAAAACCCACCAAUUGCCUCCUCUGUCUCUACUUGUGCUUUAGGGCAGCUCAAGCUCUUGAUUGAAUGUGGAUUGUGGCAGUCACAGCAGGUAAUAGAGCCAUCACCAGCCUCCAGAACUCAUUGGGCCACCAGCCUGUCUGGGAAGAGAAAAAUUAGUUGCUCAGCCUUUAGCCAAAGGCUGAGAGCUGCCCUCAGUGACAAGAGGGCAGCAAGAGGUGCUGCCUCUCAUACUUUUCUGGGCUUUGGAAAUUUGCAUACAACAGAGGGGCCUAGGACUGAGUAGCAAUUUGGACAUUGCUGCCUGCAAGUCUUCUCACUGUCUUGGCCAGCCCAGGGAUAGGAUCCUCACUACCAGAAGUGGGGCAGUUAGAGGUCAUGGCUGCAGAAAUAGACUCCUAGAAUCUCAUUCUGGAUCCAUGUAGUUCCUGGCCAAAUCCCAGCUGCAGGUAGAAGAGGAAGAAAGACCUGUCUAGGAACAUGUGAUGGCAGUGCAGGGUAACACUGGGAGAGCCAGCCAAGCUCCAGUCCUUGUCCCAAGCAUAGAACAGUGCUUACUUGGCUGACACCAAAUAUGCCCUGAAUAUAGGUGUCAAUGCCCAGUCCAUACUUAGGUUGUGACCAGACAAACACCCUGUCUGCAUUGCAAGGUCUUGGGAUACUGCUUUUAGAUGAGAUUUCAAGGGAAGAUAUGACUUGAGUAGAGGUGGCUGCCCUCAUCUCUAUACCCAGCAGGCUUAUUUAGUGCCAGACAGCUCUGGUCACAAUACCCAAAAGAGACUGGUCCAUUGGGGACCAGUGACUGGAUGGACAAGGCAACCUAGGAGGCCUCUCCUAGGGCUGCCAGUUUCUCAGUGCUUUAGCAUCUUUGAGGAAGCCCUGCCUUAGUGCCCAGAUAGGGUCUGCUCUGCCCAGCUUGGGCACCAGUUUAUGAGUUUCCUGGGCCAAAGGCUUUGGUCAACACUAGUCUCCCUCUAUGCUAUACCAACGAGGAAGGUAGCUUCUCACAUGCAGGUUAUGUUUUCCCAUAUCCUGCUGCCAGCAACUUACCCACCCUUGCCAGUGCCACUACCCAACCUGCCCUCAGCCCCCAGACCCAAUUGCUAGAGGGAGGCAUGCAGGGAUUAGCAGGGAGACUUCAAGUUUACCCAUGUCUAUGUUGCAUUCAAGUUGUUUUUAGUAUAUAUAUAUGUACAUAUAUAUAUCAAAAGUCAAUUAUCUAUUUUUGUAUUAUUUGCAUUUUAUAAUCAUGGAAAACAAUGUUUAUCAGUCGUUCUUUUCUGAUCUAUUUUAUUUUUAAGUGGUGCUGUUUACAGUUUUAAACAAAACAAUGAUGACACAAAAAUUGCUGCUGCUUGUGCAGAGGGCUGGCAUCUCAACUGCUCAGAGCCCUCACUCUCCCCCUCUCCCCAGCUCUGAUGUAUCGCACUGUCCAUCUCCUCCUUCCAUGAUAGGGGCAGCAGAAGAUGCCCAGGUACUAAGACAAAUGCCAGGCAUGUGGAACCUGGUAGACAGCGAGCGUGUUUUUUAUGGCUUUUUUUUUUUUUUUUUUUUUUUUCCUUUUAGACCUUGCCCCUUUUUGUAGACCUUCUGGAAGUACUCAUGUCUUUGUCUCACUCUCUCUUUUUUACUCUUUAUGUUCUGUGCUUUUGUUUUGAAACCAGAAUGGUCAUGUUGUACUGUUUGUCAUGUUGAGUUUUUCCAAAGGAACAUUUUGGGGACAGGAAUAUUCUCCACUCAUUGGGGAGGGAAGAGGGUUUCAACCAUAUCGUGUCUUCCCAAGAAGUUGAGGAAGGUAGAUGGCAGUGAUGUUUGAAGCACCAGGAACUAGCCAUCUUCUUGAGGAAACUUGUAUAGGACUUACCAGGAGCUUGGUUGAUUGGGACAUUCACCCAGAAGAGACAUUGGGGACCUCCUUGACCCCUCAUGCUGCUUUGGGGAAAUCUCUCCCCUUACCACCUUUCCUGCUCCCCUGCCCUCAUCCAGCUCACUCAUGGAUGGUACUUUGAGAAAUAGUGACUGUCAGGGUGAUGGCUUACUGGCCUGAUCCCCACUUUUUCGUCCUAUAGUCACUCCAAAGAAGAAAAUUCACAUGGCAUGUAUAUGUAUAAAGGUUGGGCUUACUGAGAGGCGGGGCUUUAAUUAUUCCUGUUUACUAUUGGUGCUUAUUUACCCUGCUGUAGACUGGGGAGGGGUGGGAGGGAAGAAACCAGGAAUGUAUAUUUAGCUCAUAUUAAAUAAAAUGGCUGGGGGACAGAGGGAAGAAAUUAGGAACUGCAGUAAAUCCCAAUCCCAGGUAUAAGAGGUCUUUCUCUCAGUUGCGAAAAGGGAGCAUGACCCCUAGAUGUGCCCUAGCUUCCCCUUCUCUAUUCCUGAGACAUCAUGGAGUUGCUUGGAUUGUGACCUCUCCAAUCCUAAUUCUCACUGACAUCUGGAUAUCUUUAUUUGUAACAACAUAUACUUCUUUUGCUGAAAGCUAAUAAACUGGGUCAAGAGGGACCCCCCCAGUCACUAAAGUGCA